CUCAGGACGGGGAGCCAUGGUUACUGGUCCAAUCAACAGCCACUCUACCAGGCAGUCCCGACAGGUGUGAUAAAGAGAUAUGGCGGUCAUUCAGGUAAAAGGAAACACGAAGGUAUAUUAAAGAUAUCGUCUGCUCUACGUAAGCCGCCAUUUCCACUGCAAACAUCAUUUAGUAACCUGCAGGAUGUAAGGUAGAAGAUUUACCGAGAUUUGGACACCAUGUAGGAAUGACAUCACUUUACAUACGUAUCUUUAUACUUACCAUGUAUACUAUCAUUGUAACAGAAAGUUCCAGUUGUGCAUCAACCAUAGUAUUACAGGCACAGCCUUACCUACAGACACUGGUGUCACUCGACACGACUCGAAAUUUGACAGGACCAUUCAGGUGCUCAUGGCUGAUAAAAGCGUCAAACACAAGUCACCUGAUAGAGAUACAGAUGCUGAACGUAUAUCUGUCGCCAAUAUCGUCCUGCCAAAUGGAUAACGUUAUCCUCGCCACUGGUUUGACGGAUGAGACCAUUCGUGUCUGGUGUAAAGAUUACCUGUCACGUGGUGUAAUCACGACCAGUAGUAGUAAAGUCUAUAUACACCUCACAACGACAUCCGAUGACGUCACUGGACUUAUCUUCAUCCUUAAAUUCUGGUCUACUAUGAGUCAAACUGUUUCGGGACCGGUGCGUCUGGGACCCGCCAACUACUUCCUCAUAUCCUUCAGCAUCCUUGUCGGAACAGCUCUACUUCUCGGUGUUAUCUACCUGUUUUACAGGGAAUACACCACACUCAUGCAGAGGAAGGAGCAGACUUUUAAGAAGAAACUCCGUGUCAGGAGGCAAGGUAUCAGCGGAGCUAGCGGUAUUGUUAACACGCAUUUUCAAAUGGAGGAUAAUAGCAGUGAAAAGGAAACGACUUUGUCCUACCUCACUGUAUCGCCCAGUCCAGAUUGCAGUGUCUGACCAACAGAUAUGCAUAGUUCGAAUAAUGUUUGAUCGAGGAGUUGUCAAAGUGCCAUAUCCUUGUAUAAGCUAUGGUCAUUGGAAUGACGCUCAGAAGUACAUUUACCAGAACUGUAAUGCUUUGAGUGGAUUAUAAAUAUGAUUUCUCCUGGGUUUGAAGAAACGUAUCAUUACUAACCUGACUCAUGCGGAAUUUCUCUUCGUUCUCAUUGCAUUUUGAAAAGAGUUAAGUACCAAGACGCCAUAAGUCAUUUGAACGUCAGGAGUUCAAAACAAUUCGGCCAAGAUCAGCAGAAAUAUAAAACGCGAACUAUGGAAAAUAUUGGAUUCGCAAAUAGUUCACUAUUCAGCUGGACUUUUAAGUGUAUAGUAGUGGAUGCACAUCAACCGUCUGGACCCUCCAUGGAUAAUGGAUGUCGUGUUUUGCUUGAACGGAGCAUGUCUCGCAUCCAAAACAUCAUACAAAUUCCAGGUCUAUUUUUAUGAUCUUAAGGCACUAUCGCGAAAGAAAUGUUGUCAGGAGUAUCAAAAGUAUCCAGAUAUUUGAGGAUCCAUCAUCAUCUCUCAUCUCGGAUGUUUAUACUGGAAUUUCCUCUAUGCAUGUAAAGCAUCAUUUCACAUUUUGAUAUUUAUUUCAUUUGUAAAUGCAAACCCUAUUGGAUUAUCUGAAACCUAACACAGACUAGUUCUUAUCCUUGAAAGGAAUAUUGUUAUCAGUUAGAAUUUUAAACAAAAUUUACACGGAGAGUAACUUUUUCUGGGAAAGACACUUCACGGAAUUGUGACGAAUACUUCCAGGAAGUGUUUAAUAAGUGGCAUAUGUGUUAAGAAGGUUUGAAAUGCUUGAUGGAUUAUUUUGAAUUCAUUCUUUAUCCUUAUAUCGAUAAUAUGCAGGAUACAUAUGAUGAAGACAAGACCCUGCAUGCAAUUACGCAGAUCUUGUCCAAAACAAGAACCGAGACUAACAUAUUAAGUACGAGUAGACAAUACUAGUAUCAACUCCAGGAGGAUACUGAAUACUACUUAAUUGGUGUGUAUUACCACAAGCUGGAAAUUACAAAUGCCCUACAAAUCUGCCCUCAAUUUGGUGGUAAUUGAUUGAUUUAAACUGGUGAUCAACUGUCAUGAAAGUGGGUAGUUAUAAAAAAUGACGAUACAAAUUGAUACCAUAAAUAUUUUACAAGUUAUUGAAUGGAUGUGUAUGAUGUGUCAUUGUUUUAGUUAGAAGCUAUUUAAACAGUCAUUAAUAACUUAAUGACAAUUACGAAGUGUAUAUAUGGCUUUGAACUGUAAUACAGUCAUAAUGGUCCUGAGGUGACCACAUCAUGACUUUGUAGUUUUGAUAGUAGUAAUAUAUGCUGAUUGUAUACAUAUCAAUGUAAUGACUAGCGAUAUGAUUCUCAUGUAUAUUAAUGAAUAAAAUGAUGAAAGGUUGAUUUUAUAAUUUAAUUAAUUUCUAUGCAAUUAUCAUUAAAAUCAAUAGAAUUAUCGUUUUUGUAUUAUUAAUGGUGUUUAUUUAAGUAUCUUUAUAUGCGGUUUUGUGCUAAGUGACCUCUCUUUAAAAGCCUUAUAAAUCCUAGAUGGAUGAUGUAGUUGCAGUUUUAUCCAUUAUUGAAGCUUAUAUUAUAACUAUUUACUAAAUUUUACAAAAGUGCUAUUGUUCGUUAUUAAAAAGCAAAGAUAUUUUUCUUAUUCACGAUUUAUAGAAAGCAUCUUACUCUGAAAAUAUCACACAAUCGAUUUAUGUAUAUAACAUGAUAAAAAGAUGAUCAUCACUGAUAUGGCGGACAAAUAUAACAAAUCAAUCAUUUAACAAUCUUCGUAAGUCUACCCUACAACAUUUAUGCAAAUUUUUGUACCGACAUAUAAUAUCCUCUUAAACCAAUUAAUGUUUAAUCGCAUAUCUUUUCUUGAAUCCUUAUAUCAUUUGGCAUAAUGCAAUGCUCCACCUAUAUUUUUAAACUGAUUAAAGCAUUUUUUUUUUCAAAA